AUGGUUUCCCUUCCCUACAACCCGUUCCUGAUUGAGAAAAUGAAGGCGACACUCCCUGGAGAACCUUCUGGAUUCCAGAAAAUCGUCUCUCAGGAAAUCAAGAGAAUGGAAGAAAAGACUUUCAACGUCCCCAUCCAUCCAUUCAGUAUGGAUGCGCUCCUGGGAUCCCAAAUCGUGGAAAAUGGAAGGCUUGGCCAAGUUGUUGCCGAUCGGAAAAUUGGCAAAAUAAGAAGAAUGCGAAGAGCACCAAAAAGUGAAGCUCUCCACAUCCUGGCUGCCAUCGCCAAGAUUGGAGAGAUGGAGGAGAAUCCACUGGCACUGGAGGCCUCAGCCAGACUAGAAAUCCCUGGCCUCACACCAAGAACAGAAAGCAACAAUUGGAAAUCGGGAGCAAGAACAAUCCCGUAUGACGGACCUCCAAUCAGAAGAGGAUGGAACCGCCUAACUACCGACGAGAAGGAUCGGCGAAUCAAGAAAUUUCUGGAGUCGAGGAGAUUGAUGAAGAAAUUGGAAAUGGCUGCAGGAGAAGUUGAUGGUGAGAAAAAAGAGAUAAUUUGUAUCACUUUAGAAUAA